AAUGCUCCUGGGGAAGGGGGUUGGAGGAGUUUUGCUGGGAUUGCUGAGGAGGGUGGCAUGUGAUCCUAGGAACAGCUCCAUGACACCCAGAAGUUCUCCCUACAGGUUUUUGUGUUUGUUUUUUUUUUUUACCUUCCCAACCCACCCAACCACUCCCUUUUGGUCAUAGAUUCAAAAGAAUUGUCAUUUUUCAGUCAGCACACUUCUACUCAGAUAAAAGAUAAGAGGGUGCAGCUCCUUGCCCUCAGGCAGCUUGUGGUUUAACAGGAAAGUUGAGGCAUCUCUUCCUUUUCCUCUCUGGCAAGUGUUUGAGGUUACAGUUACCUACUGAGACCCAAGUGCUGGGCUGGGAGCAUGAAUUGUGUGGAGUUGGAGGGCACAAAGAUGAAUAGGAUGUGUCAUUGGUCCCCGUCCCCACGGAAGCUUAAAAAUACUAACGGAUUUGAAUGAAGAGAAACAUGAACUUGAAAGGAGCCAGGCUCCUCGUUCCCAGCAGGAACGCAGGGUUACUGUUCCAGCCUCCAGGCUGAUGGAGCUGGGUACGAAAGUAGGGCUGCUUUGAACUCUAGCUCCACCUGACCAUUGACAAGAGUGAGGGGCACUCAGCCAGAUUCUUGGCCAGCUAGAAUGCAAAGCCUCCGGUGCCAAGGGAGGGCCAUUCUCAUUUAGGAGGGACCCAGAAAACCUUGGCUUCUGUUACAUUGUCACCAUCCCCAAAUUUGAGUUUAUCAGCAAGUUCGUGUGAGAAUAAUAAAUACUGAGAUUAGAGUAGGCUCAGGGCAGGCUAGAUCUUUCGAAUUUCCCAUCUCCUGCAGUUCAGUGUUUUAGCGGGAGGGGGACGAACCACAGACCCCCGGGCUGCCCGAGUGAAACCACAAGGGUGCGCCUCUCCGACGUGGGGCAUACGCUGAGCCGGGCCUGGCUGUGAGGUGGAGGAAGGAGGAGGGAAACGCUCUGGUUGCUGACCUUCAAAGGAUGUAGACCGGAGGAGAUCUUGUUACUUGCCCUUGAACUCCUGCCCCUCCCCCUUGAGCUUCCUCUCAAUGGAGUCAGGAAUUUCAUUCACAAAAUGGAGGCAUGAAUGAGCCCACCCUCCCGCCUCCUCCCGGAGGUGUCGGGUUUCACCAUCUCAUUCAUAGGUGGGAGUGGGGGGGCGGGUAGGGCGAGAAGGGGCUGGAACUUGAACGGGUGGCUUCACACAACCUGCCUCCUCCAGGUGGAGUAGGGCUAUUUCAAUCCUAGGGAAUGGAAGGAAAAGGGGGUGAAUGCGCUCUGCUGUCAGACCUGAAAAAACACGGCCCAGUGCCCACCGCCUCUUCCCCAGAUCCAGAUACCUUCUGGUGUGCUCUCUCGCUCUCCCUCCCACCUCCCUCCCGACGGGUCUUCCCCCAAUCCCCAACCUCCUCUGUUUCCUCCCUGCCUGCACACACACACACACACACACACACACACGCACACACGCACACGCCGCUAGGAACCGGCUAGGAACCUGACCUGCUGACCUAGGAACCCGACCUGCUGACCGGAGGUUAGCCCAUUCCAAGGGAGUCUUAGGCAUGGACACUGAACCCUUUCCCCGGAGGUUCAUCCAUCCCCUCCCUCCUCCCCCCUGAACUCACAGGAAACAGCUGUUGCCUGGAAUCCUGGGCCUUGUGCAACAGCUUUGCCCAGCCCAGCUGCUGCCGGCCAUGCCCUCUGGCCCAGACUUCAAGCUGAGAGGUUCAAGCCUUGCACUCCCUCUGGAUGUCCCUGGGUGUGCAUCAAUGUACCUUCACACAGAGGGUUUCUCUGGGCACUCUCCAGGUGACGGGACCAUGGGUUAUGGCUAUGAGAAACCUCUGCGACCAUUCUCAGAUGAUGUCUGUGUCGUUCCUGAGAAAUUUGAAGGAGACAUCAAGCAGGAAGGGGUUGGUGCGUUCAGAGAGGGACCGCCCUACCAGCGCCGGGGGGCCUUGCAGCUGUGGCAGUUCCUGGUGGCCCUGCUGGAUGACCCAACGAAUGCCCACUUCAUUGCCUGGACCGGCCGGGGGAUGGAGUUCAAACUAAUAGAGCCUGAGGAGGUUGCCAGGCUCUGGGGCAUCCAGAAGAACCGGCCGGCCAUGAACUAUGACAAGCUGAGCCGCUCGCUCCGAUACUACUACGAGAAAGGCAUCAUGCAGAAGGUGGCCGGCGAGCGCUACGUGUACAAGUUUGUGUGUGAGCCCGAGGCCCUGUUCUCUCUGGCCUUCCCGGACAAUCAGCGUCCAGCCCUCAAGGCCGAGUUUGACCGGCCGGUCAGUGAGGAGGACACAGUCCCUUUGUCCCACUUGGACGAGAGCCCUGCCUACCUCCCGGAGCUAGCUGGCCCUACUCAGGCCUUUGGCCCCAAGGGCGGCUACACUUACUAGCCCUGGCCACUGCGCCCCUGCCGCCCUGUGUACAUAUAGAUGAAUUGGGUGUUGGGGAAACCCUCACUCUGAAACCCACAGAUGUCUUUGGAGCAGAUCCCCACUGGCCCAUCAGUCGCCCCUGCCCAGACUCUGAGUUGCUCACCAGAGUUGAUGGGAAGGAAAAAUGGAGAACGCUGCAAGUGUAAAAGGUGGGGUCUAGAAGCUCCUCUGGCGGCAUCACCUCCAGCCUCUUCCCUUAGAGGCCCAAGCCGCACUCCUCUCCCCCCACACAGAGAACAAGAGUUUGCUCUGUUCUGGGGGACAGAGAAGGAGCGUUCCCACUUUGUCCUGGUGGAGAGGGGCACGUUGAGCUCCCCAGAUCUCCCACUGUGGGCAGACAGAAGCCUGGACCCUGCACUCCGCUCCAAGCUGUGGCCCUGGAGGGUCCUGCUUGUCCAUUCUUGGUGCUCUGUGUUCCCAGAGGCAGGGGGAGGCUGGAGUAAGGAACCUGGGGUGGGGGAGGGGCUGCAGGGUGGAGGUGGGGAGGGCUGGGUUUCCUGCUUCUAGGGCCCUUUGCCUCUUCUCUGCCUUUUCCUAGGCCCAGGCCUGGGAGUCCGCCUCUAACCUCCAACCUCCACAUCUGCCAGACCCCAAUAAAGGCCCCUGCUUCUCC